AUGAGCGAGGUUAUUCGAAGUUCGCAGAAUGAUCCGGAAUUCGAAAAGGUGAAGAAAGCCCUGAAUGACGACCAAUGGAGUGAUUUGAAAGCUUACGCACCAUUCAAAUCCGAGUUGUGCUUUUCGAAAGACCUUCUGCUGCGAAGAGAUAAAAUCGUCGUCCCUGGUGACCUUCGUGAAGCAGUUGUAAGGUUGUCACACUCUGGACACCCGGGUAAGGAGAAAAUGAAGCGUCGUCUACGAACAGCGGUGUGGUGGCCGGGCUUGGACGCAGAUGUCGAGGAGGCAUGCAGAAGCUGUGUCGAGUGUCAGAUGGUUGGACCUGUAAACAAGCCGGAGCCCUUACGAAUUCGUGAAUUACCGUCAGCUCCUUGGGUACAUGUUAGUGCAGACUUUUUAGGACCUCUUCCAAAUGGCAAGUAUAUUUUCGUACUAGUGGAUCUUUACAGCCGGUUCGUGGUUGCUGAGUUUAUGAACCGCACUCUGUCUGCAGAUGUCAUUCGUGUACUGCGGCAGAUUUUCACAAAAAUGGGCUUGCCUUUCGUGCUAACAACUGACAACGCUAAAAAUUUCUCAAGUCAAGAGCUCAAAGACUACUGCGUUGAUUAUGGAAUCAAGCUUACUCACACCACGCCAUACUGGCCAUGUGCUAAUGGUGAGGUCGAGAGGCAGAACCGCUCGUUGCUGAAAGUUCUUAAAAUAAGUCAGCAACGGGGUACGAAUUUGGAAGAAGCGCUCCAGGAGUACCUUUACUUGUACUCAGUGACGCCACAUAGCGUCACAGGAAUCUCACCUGCAACAUUGAUGUUUGGGCGUCGAUUCAGAGACUUAUUUCCCCAUGUGCAAGAUGAAGCCACGUUCGACGAUGAAAUGCGAGAUAGGGAUGCCACUGUCAAGUACCGUGCAAAGGAAUAUCGUGACAAGAAAGUAGGAGCGAAGGAAACAACCAUCAAUGUGGAGGAUGAAGUCCUCAUGAAGAACAUGCAGCCGGCAAACAAACUAACACCAACGUUCUUGCCAGUUCCUGCAACUGUGGUCGAGAAAAUGGGAAGUAUGGCAACAGUGGAGACCCAGAGCGGACAGCGGUUCAAGCGAAAUACAUCACAUCUCAAGGCAUACCACCCACCUACUGCAGCUGAACCUUUGGACGUUUCGAGAUCGGUUUCCGGUGAGCCAGUUGAGGUUGCAGAACCCCUUGACGAACAUCACCGCCAACCUCGUAGAAGUGUGUCGUUACCUAAGCGUUUUGAAGAUUACUGUUUGAGUUAG